CUCUCGCCUCUUCCCUCCCCGACUUUCAUUGCAUAUGGGCCUGUAGAUCUGAGACUGACCUACUGACUGACCGCUCGGCAUCAAACGUACACUCGCAUCGUCUCACACUUAGUCUCGCAUCAAGAAUGUGGGAGAUGCCUGGCCUCACCGGCGAUGUCUCCUAGCAUACAUGCCCAAAGAUCUGAUCACAGCUGCUGCCAUUGACGUGGGUAUAUUAAGUGGUAUAAUACGGAUGAGCAAAGAAGGGACAGAGCUCUGUCAGCCGGACAUUAUCAUACACGGCAGGCUGCAGCGCGCGCAGGACGAACAGGGUGAUGUAGGGCGCCCACACUGCUGUGAACACAGCAGUCGCGGCUAACAGUGUUGUCAGCCUGAACGUCAGGACUCCAGGCUCAUCCUCGGAUCGCAGAAUGGGCAGAUUGUGCAGCCGCGUCGAUACCUGCAGACAUCCACAGCACAAUCAGGGGAAGGACAGUACGGCCGCGCAUGUCUAAAGGCUGCCAUCGUAUAUGUCUCCCUUCGCUAUUCCCCCACUGACCAUAUAGAGGAUGACUUCGCAUGCCAUCUCGACAGCGACCAGGAGACACAGCCCGCCCAGCCUCUCGAACAGCCGGGACAGCGAGAAGGGAGACAGCAGUUGCUCCAUCAAUAUAAGUGAUAGAUUGAUGAAAAUCAGAAUCAGGCUCUCGGCCUGGUUGUAGGCGUGCUGCUGGUCGCUCAAAGCUCUGAGAUACCUUGGGCGGACGUCAUACGCCAUGAAAUUGCUCUGCAGAUGGAUCACGGAUGUCAUGGACGACAGUCCGCUCGAGCUGGACCGCAUGCGCCGUCCCGCUCGCACCACACUCUGAUAGAUCUCACUCGACGACCGCCGCGGUUCCCCACUGCCGGAUCCAUUGAUGAACAGCGCUGGCUCUUUGUUGGUUGUUGCCUGUGUGCUGACUGUCUCGCUGCUGCCUGAAGCCCCAGAAAGACCAUGGCGGCUAGCAGUGUCUCUCGGUUUGCUGCGCCUAUCAUCGGUCGGCUUGGCCGAUCGGCCGUCGCGUGUGCGCAUGAGCGCUCGGAUGACGUUGGCAUUGAACAUGUCAACGUAGGGCACCGCCAGGUCACCCAGGAGGUCGUAGAGGGCGAAGAGCAGAGACGACUUGAUCUUGUAGCUGAGGGCAGCCAUUUCAGCCUGUAUAAGGAAAAUGCGUUUCGACAUUCAUGCGUUGAGAAGUGUUCAUACUGACUUGCAAGAGGCGAGGUACGACUAGCGAGAUCAAAGCGAUUGGGAAGAUGACGCAGUAGUUGAAUAGAGGAGGGCCGUCUCGCAUCUUACGGGCUGUUCCGUUCACAAUUGCCACCAAAGGAAAGCAGCUUAACAAACAGACGAAUGCCAGUCGUGUCUUCUCGGUGUCCGUUGUGGCCCCCUCAGCUUUUGGCAGAAGGAGCCUCCCCCACAAAUGCGAGGCAGCCCAUGGUGUAUACACAAGGAAGGUCAUCUGAAUCGUGUACAGCACCCGCCUCUUGACCACUCCCGUCAUGUCUCUCGACACGUGCCAAAAGAACCAGGGGACCAUCACGGUGUACACUGCCCUUUCCAAUCUGUGAGAAGGAAGCAGAAAGUACCCAUUGACAGAAGCAGAUGCAGCCAGCGUCACAGGGCACAUAGCUGCCAAACUGCAUGUCUCACUUACGCAAAGGAAAUCCAAGUAUAUGGUGUCAGCUGGGGGGAUAUGGCCAAGCUGCGGGCGAUAGCAUGAGCUGCUACGGUGAUCGCCAAAAGAAUCCACAACUCGCGGAUGCGCCGGAGUAUCCGACGUGGGCGGCACCCCUCAACCAGUGCGACAAACCAAACAAGAAAUGCCGACCAGCCGAUCGCAAUGCGCGUGAAGUCAAUAGCAACGCCCGCCAUGUUGGACUCGCAAGUCUUCCAUACCAGCGGCGCCGUCAAGACCAGCGGCACCGCUAGAACAAGUGCGAAUACCACUUGUAAUAUAACCACUUGCAUCACUCGCCGCAAUGAUCGCAUAAAAGGCUCAGGGGAAAAACGUGCGCCAAUCAGCACCUCCCUCACGUGGAUUGUCUCUCCAUCAUCCACAACAUUCUGCUCGUAGACGAGGUGCGAUUCGAACUCCUCGAAGGCCGCCGGGUAUCCUGCAGACACCGGUGCGGACAGGUCAAGAGAUGCAGCAUUUGUGCUGUUGUGCCAAAGCCCGUUCCCAUGAUUCACCGGCAGCCUUCUCGAAUUCCAAUUUCAUUGCCUGGAUGGCCACCUCUUCGGCCCUGUUGGCUGACGGCUCUGGCGCUCCCACCUCCGAGAUGUCCGGCAGAGUGGUCGACUGUGACGCCGCGUGAUGACAGGCGCUCCGGAAACCGUUAGUUUGACACGAAGGACUCCUCUCUCGUUCAAGAUCAAGGUCCAGGGGGCACUUGCUGCUGUGCAUUUCUUUGCCGAGCCCUCCUUCGGUCGUGAGCUCUUGGGGCCUUCCCUGCUGGACGUGUGGCUGCGUUACGCACGUGUCCUCGCAGCUGGGGCCGAGGAAGUCGUGCACGUCCUCCCGAAGACCACAUUCAUGCAGCUCCUCACCGCCGUUCACCGGGCCGGGCUGUGGUGACUCAUCGUCGCGGUGGCUGACACGUGGGCUGGCAGCAUCACCAUUGAGUGGGGGAAGGAAGAUUUGUACUGCGUUCUCAUGGAGCGCCAUUGUGCCGCCGGAUAGCGGCCCCCCGAACAAUCAGUGGGAACCGGAGAGUUCGCGAUCCAAUCGCCACGAGAAUGGCGAACGAAGAUGUCGCAUCGAUGGUUCUGCACCGAUCUGCUCUGUACUUAGUUGUUUCGGUUGACCCUGUACUUAGUUGACUGACCGUUU